AUGAAUCACAGAGCACAUCACCGCAAGCGGACAACGAAAGAACGUCGCACCCCCCUCGGUCUACCACAAGGAAAUUCUUUGAUAAAGGGAGGAAGAGGUCGUCACUCUACCCUUCAAUAUGACAAUGAAAGAGCAUUGAGUCGGUUGGAUAGAAAUGAACUUGCAUAUGAAUGCUCGCAAUUGGAUGUACCUUUGCACAUUGCUGAUGAUGAUACAUUUGGGCGGAUAAUCAACAAAAUAUUGCUCACCUAUGUAGAAAAACAGUUUACAACAAUCAAAAAGACAAACGAUGAUGAUCAACAACUCAACAAUACGAUGAAUGAUUACAAUCAAGGUGCAUUAGAGUAUACUCUACCAUGGCCUAUCAUACAACGUAUAUUGACAUAUGCUUCUCGAUACAAUAAUCGAUGUACUUGUGUAAAUACGGAUGCGUUAAAGAUAACUCAUCAAUCAAGAUCGAGAAACUUGUUUCAAAGAGAUAGAUGGGAUCCUCAACACCAAACCAUACUUCAUACCAACAUGGUGCUUCAAAGUGAGGUGAAACAACAUUCUCUUACUAGAGAUCAACUAUGUCCUCUUCACCAAUUCAAUCUCGAUCAAGGAUAUGAACCAAACUUUGUACUUGACAGUUCACCGUUUAACCAAGUGUCAAGAGAGGAUUGUAGAUGGAUGCGUAGUAUGGCAUUACUAAGCAAGAGAGUAUUUGCAUUCAUAUCAACGACACUAUUUACCAACAUUGUGAUGGAUCCAACAGCAGAUACAUGGAAUCAUAUCACCAACAACUAUUGUAUCAUCAAACAACCAAAGAUAUUGACACUUGUCUCUCCAUCAUCUGACACUCAACUCUUCUUUACAAACAAAUCACAGUCCUCUUCAUCCGUCCAAUUUCUAAAGAAUGUUGAAAAGAUAUACAUCAACAAUCCACAUCUAGUUGAAAAUGGAUCAACUAUCGAAUCAUUAAUCAACUCCACACCAUCACUUCGAUCACUCACGAUCAAAUGUGAUGUUGGGUUAUCUUUGGCCGACCUCUUUCAAAACGCAAUAAUGAAAUCGAUUACAUCCAUCAACUUUGGGAAUGCCCUCUGUCAAUUGACUCCUUUUCAACUGACAUCAUCAAUAAUGUCGUGUCUCACAAAGAUUAUUCUCCCAUUUGCAUUUGAUUGGAAUAGUUUGAGCAAAGACAUUAAACAAAAUCUUCAAGUCAUUUCACUAUUGUUCAUCGAUCCAAUGGAUGCCACACUCCAAUUGGAUCCAAUCGAUUUUCCAUCACUGCGACAUGUUCAUGCUGUUACAAUCUUUGGCAGACUUAUCAACGUUCCAAAUCAUGUCGAUAAGGUUACGUGUUUCUCUGAUGCAUCCCCUACAUCAAUCGCCUACACUCCUAGAAUUCCCAAAUAUCCAAACCAAAAUAUUUCAACACUGCGAAUCAGAUUUGGUCAGGAGAAAGUGCCAUAUAAAUAUCUAAUAGAUCGCAGUGUCACUAUUACGUCUCUUAAAAAGAUUAUCUUAUUCAACUCAUUCACAGAUGUUUGCCAAGACCAAGUCAAUUAUUUUAAUAGUAUUGGAUUUAAUUAUUUUGGUUCAUCAUUCUCUGUACAUUCAAACACAAAGAAAUUAAUCUAUUUUAAAAAAGGUGAAACAAAUAAUAAUUUAAAUGGUAGUAAUAACGAUAUCAAUGUAAAUAAUAAUAAUAAUAAUAAUAAUAAUAAUCAACAAAUUGAGCAACCUUUGAUUCCAACCAUGACAACUAUAUUAUCCGACAAUAAUAAAAAUAUUAUUUUACCAAAUACAAUUAUCAACAAAAUAAUCAAAAUGACAUGGAAAUUAAGAGAACGUUGUACAUGUGUUUAUGAAAAAGAAACUAUUCAAAAAUGGAUUAAAAUUGGAUACGAUAUUCUAAAAGAUGAACAAGAACUAGAAAGAUUCAAUCAGAUGAAGGAUAAUUGUCCAACUCAUUUCUCACAUACUCAACCAUACCAACCAUUAACAUAUGGUUUGAAAAGUAGUAAUCGAUCUAAAUUACAAUUAGCACUCAUCAACAAAGAUAUAUUUAAUUAUAUUGCCAACAAUUGUUUCUCAAUUAUCAACCUCAAUAGCCAGCAAUUCAACAAUAAUACUAUUCAACAUAUCAAUAAUCCUUAUUGUGUUGCAUUCAAACACUUUACAACUAUAAAGGGUAAUAACGAUAAUGAUAAUAUUGCCAAAUUACUCCUCAACAUAAAAGACAAUCUUCCAUACAUUACCAAAGUGGUACUUAGUAGUGGAGACUAUCUACAAGAUAUAAUCAAACUAUUACCCAAUCUCACUUCAAUUGACAUUUCUCAAACAGAUAAAAGUUCCUAUCGUAGGAUAGAUAUCGCCAAUCUUUGCCAACUAAAACACCUCACUAAAUUGGAUUUAACAGGUGCUGGUCUACGCUAUGAUACCUCAUUGGUGGAUGAAAUCAAAGACAUGCCACUCAAAAAACUGUGUGUCCCUCAAUUUUAUCAUUUCACAUACAAUGAAAUCCCUCUCAGAUUAAAACACUCAAUCACCAAGAUGUGUUCCCUCCCUCAUUCUUGGGGAUACCUCAAACAAUUACCAAACCUCAACCACAUUGUGGUUUUAUUCGAUCUAGACUCAUCUAAAUGGAAACUACCAAAAACCGUUACAAAGAUAACAUUGUAUACCUUUGAGAUUGGAUUUCUAGCUCACAACAAAUCAGUCAAAAUAUUAAAGCUCAAAGUCCCAUCUCCAACCAGUUCAAAGAUGGACCUAUUUCUCAAAACCCUUUCAUCACCACAGUACUCACAUGUCCAAACCAUUAUCUAUUGUUUGGACUACAGUAGGACUAGUUUGGAUUACAACAUGUCUCAAUAUUUAAAACUGUCAAGAAUCAAUACAUAUCUAGAUACAGUCCCAAACCAAAGUACAAAGGAUCAUGUUGACCAUUCAGAUCAAAAUAGAGGUUCAAACUUUUGUAAUAUAUUAUAG